CAUUCGUUGUACCCGGCCACAGCAGGGGCUCCCGUCCUCCGCCGCCGGCCGCCACGUGUCGUCUCCGCCGAUCCGAGGAGGGCACUUGACUCGUGGACCCCACACUGUCUGGCCAGGUGGCCCCGCCGCUCCAGGGGGCCGCUGCCGCCGGCCUCGUGUCCAGCCCUCCUUCUUUCCCCUGCCCGCUCCCCGCCUACUUGGCACCUGUUCGCGCCACCACACGUGCCACCGGUGCCGCAGCCGUCAUAAUAGAUAAGUACCCCACGGUCACCUGCUUGGCCCUCACAUUCGUCACAGUGCUGCCAUGGGACCUCAGGAGAAGCAACCAAGGAAAUGCUGCCCGCUGCGGAGAUCGAGGAAGGGGUGCAUGAAGGGCAAGGGCGGUCCCGAGAACCAGGCAUGCACGUACCGAGGGGUGCGCCAGCGGACGUGGGGCAAGUGGGUUGCGGAGAUCCGCGAGCCCAACCGCGGCGCCCGCCUGUGGCUCGGCACCUUCAGCACCGCCCUGGAGGCCGCGCAGGCCUACGACAACGCGGCCCGCUCCCUCUACGGCGACUGCGCGCGGCUGAACCUGUCCGACAGCCGCCCCUCGUCCGUGGGGGAUAACUCCACCGGGUCGACGCCGCCGCCUCCCGCUGCGGCACUCGUCAAGCCGGGCUUCCGGUCCUCGUCCUCCUGGUCCAACGAGACCAGCACCGGCGACUCACAGGCGAGCUUCCCGGACAGCAUCGGCUUGCCGGCCGCGCAUUUCUACGCCGACGGCCUCUACAGUUUCGACGAUUAUGUUUCUGGGUUGCCGAAGCCAGAGGAUUUCGGGCUGGAGGCCUUCCACAGCGUUCCAUUCUUAGACGAGCAGGAGCUCGACACACAGUUCAUGAACUUUGAACCACUGCAAGUGUCAUCGUAUUCUUAAGCAGUUCUAUGUGUAUACCGAUAUAAACUGGAUCACCGCGUCCUACAUACUCGAACCGUUGUCUGUCUGUAUACCGAUGCAUGUAGCUCUAUCGAUGUAAAUUGGAUCGACGUCUUCUUCCUUUCUAUAGAUGAAGAACAGAGC